AUAGUAUGACGCUUAAUACUAACCUCACUUUUUCAUAAUACCGAUUACCGGUUGUCGGUAUAUCUAGGUACUAGGUUUAAAUCUUAUAUAAUUUUAGUAGAAGAGGACUACAUGGUACCAUGCCAAAAUUACUUGAAGUCUGUGUUGACAACUUCGAAUCUGCUUUAGCGGCUAUAACUGGUGGAGCUGAUCGAAUCGAACUGUGCUCGUCACUAGUGGAAGGCGGUUUAACACCGACACCAGGACUUCUCCUACAAAUUCAACAAGCCAACAACACAAAAGUUCCGAUUUUCUGCAUGAUACGAUGCCGUCCUUCAAACUUCGUGUACUCUCGCGAAGAAAUCGACAUUAUGCUUGAAGAUGUUAAAAUACUUAAACAGAAAGGCGCGGACGGUUUCGUAUUCGGAGCGCUCUUGGAGAACGGCGACGUAGACAUGAAGAAAUGUCGCGAGAUUCUUAAAGCGUGCUUUCCUCUUCCAGUCACGUUUCACAGGGCGUUUGAUUUUUGCAGGCGGCCUACUAUCGAGGUGGAAGUCAUCAUUGAUUUGGGAUUUACGAGGUUGUUAACUAGUGGGAAACAAAAAAAUGCACAGCUGGGUGUUAAACUAAUUGAGAAACUUUGCGACCAGGUUGCGAAUAGAAUUAUAAUUGUUCCAGCAGGUGGUAUCAAUAAAGAUAAUUUAAAGUAUAUUAUCGAACAGACAGAUGCAAACGAGUAUCAUGGAUCGUUUCGCAAAUUGAAAGAGGAAAGUAAAGAUGAAGAAAGCGAAGUGGUGUUAGGUGAAAAAGAUGCACAAUUACACAUUGCAGAUGAGCAAUUGAUUAGUGAAAUUGUUCAUAUGCUAAAAACUGACUAAUUUAUGUUGUAUCAGUAUCUAUUUUUUCAUGUUGUAUUUGAAAGACAUAAUGUGUGUACUUUCAUGUUGGGAAUGCUCUAAGUACAAUGUACGUCUCUGUGCUCAUUAAAGAAGUAUUUUAUUGA